GAAGACAUAUGGGAGGGAGGAUGGAAGCAGGGAGAGACUGUGAUACACUUACCUCAAUUCAGGCAACGUUCCAAAUACACUUAUGGGAUAAGUACCAUGCACAGAGUGUGUCUGCAGCAGCUCUCCAGAUUCCAGCCCAUCAGCAUGUAUUCUUUAAAUAUGUGUCUAAUGAGGAGGACAACGUGAAGAGAACAGAAGAACAUCCGAUGGUUGCUUUCACACUACUAGGAUCAGACAAGCAGUGAUCUGCAGUUGGCAGUAAAGCUGCUGUGAAUUCAGCACUCAAAAAAGGGAAGAAAAAAAAUAAACAAACUCAGGAUUGAUAGGGGAACAUAUGCUGGGGGUUUAAACUGGAGGAUUUAAGUAAGCUAUUACCCCAGUUCCACCUCUUCCUGAUCUACUCUGAACACUGCCCCUGCUGGAUCACUGUGUCCAAGAGUACUAGACUGGCGACCGAGAUGCGACGAUCCACAUUAGCUUCUGGUCCAGCAGGGUGCGAGGAACAUGACCCCAGCCCAGACUCAAGAACGCUGGUCGCCUGAUCGAGAAGAAGACUUCUUUGGGUGUUUCCGUGUGAUCCAUGGCAGCUCUCUGGGAUAAGGAUGACCGGUGAUGGGGGUUGAGGAGGUAAUUCCUUGGCAAGGGACACAUCGUGCAAGGGAUGCUACAGCUGAGCUAGUAUGUGGAUGUCACUUUAAUAUAAAUAGUACUAUGGAUGUGCCUGAAAACACGAGUAACAUCAACAGUACUCUCCUACCCUCUCCCGAGGUACGUGUGGCCCCAGGGCAAUACUCAGUGACUGCUAUCUGGACAUUGGCAGUCCUAGUGGGAUUUAUCAUCAUUUUCACAAUAGUGGGGAAUGUAUUUGUGGUUAUAGCAGUUUUGACUAGUAGGGCUCUAAAAGCCCCCCAGAACCUUUUCUUGGUCUCCUUGGCAAGUGCUGAUAUCCUGGUGGCUACCUUGGUGAUGCCCUUCUCCUUGGCUAAUGAGUUAAUGGGAUACUGGUUUUUUGGAAGUGUGUGGUGUGACAUCUACUUGGCUUUAGAUGUGCUUUUCUGCACUUCCUCUAUAGUCCAUUUAUGUGCUAUCAGCUUGGACAGGUACUGGUCGGUCACCCAGGCUGUAGAAUACAAUUUAAAGAGGACACCAAGGAGGAUCAAAGGUAUCAUUGUCAUUGUCUGGCUAAUUUCUGCUGUCAUCUCCUUCCCACCACUGAUAUCCAUGGACAGGGACCCGGCGGAUGAUGUCUACCCACAGUGCAAAUUAAAUGAUGAGACCUGGUACAUCUUGUCUUCUUGUAUCGGUUCAUUCUUUGCCCCAUGUGUCAUCAUGAUCUUGGUCUACAUUCGCAUCUACCAAGUGGCCAAACUGAGAACCAGGACUAUGUCAGAGAAGAAACCUGUCACAGACUGUUCUUCUCACACAGAGAAUGGCUUCAGCAAAGGGACCUCUUUGCGAUCUCCUGGAGAUAAAGAGAAUGGGCACUGCUCGUCUAGACCAAAUCCACCAAAAGCUACCGACUUGGACGAUGUGGAGCUGGAGGAGAGCAGUAUAUCAGAGAGUAAGAGGAGGAAGAGUAGCAGUAGAGACGAAAACACUGACUCCUCCAGAGAGAAGAAGACUUGCAAAAAUAGCUCCUCCAAGCAUAACUCCUUCUCCAAGCAGUCCAGUCGCUUGUCCCGGUCUAGCAGCAAAUCUGUAGACAUGUUCUCCUCAAGGAAAAAGAAGAGAAGUAGCAUAUCUAGGAGGAAAAUCACUCAAGCCAGGGAGAAGAGAUUUACCUUUGUCUUGGCAGUGGUAAUGGGGGUGUUUGUGGUAUGCUGGUUCCCAUUCUUUUUCAGCUACAGCUUGUAUGGUAUCUGCAGAGACCUAUGCCAGAUACCAGAAACCUUGUUUAAGUUUUUUUUCUGGAUAGGAUACUGCAACAGCUCCCUCAACCCCGUCAUUUACACCAUUUUUAACCAAGAUUUCAGGCGCUCUUUCAAAAAAAUUAUCUGUUAUGGCAGAAGGAAGACUUUUGUCCAUUGAAUAGUUGGCCCCUUGUUUGGUUUUCACGAUUCACUGGAGAUUGUGAAAGGCUUAGACACUCCCUAGAGUUCAAGCAGGACAUCAACCUCCAUCAUUCCAAUUGAGCCAUGCACAUGAUGGGAGUUGCAAUCCACACUAGAUUCAGUACUACUCAUUGGCUUUGUCAGUGGUGGGUGGUGGUGAGGUGGGAAGUAAGAGGGAAGGGUCUGAUUGGGCAAAACAUUGUGCAUCUUUGAACAAUCUUAUGAGACUGAUACUAUAUGACAGAGUGAAUGUAAAGGCAGGAUGCCUGCAGACUCCCAUUACAUGCAUUUAACUUUUCCAUCCGUGCCCCCCAUCCCCCACACACUUCUAAUGUUUAAAGGGUUAAUAAUGUGCCAUCUGCACAGGGCACUAGUGCUCUGUGUGUGAUCCUGAGUCAUCUCUGACAAUUUUCUACUUUGGAAUCAAGAAAAACAAGCAUCAAUAAAACAGGGCUGUGUUGUAUGAUAUUCUGGUUCAUUUCUAACCAUGUUUUGCAAACUAUUUGACAUUUUGCUCUGGAGAUUAUAUUUAAGAAUAAACAAAUGUGCU